ACCAUCCAAGUUUCUUUCAGGAUUUGGCAGCCAGCGGUACUCAGCCCCUUCUGGAAGGUUCCACUCCAGCCUCUCCUCUGCAGUAGCACCUUUUGUGAUCUGGAGGCAGAAAACAAGGAAAGAUUUGUGGUCUGACGGCAUCGGAGGAGCCGCCAGUGCUUUUGGAAAGGCUGUGACUCAGAGAAGUUUGUGCUGCAGCAGAAACGAGAUAGGCUGCUGUCCCCUUCCUGCUUCCUCUGGAAAACUGUGGAGCCAACCCAAGGAGUUCUGACAUCCCUGUUCUGUGAAUGAUCGUGGACCAGAGCAGAACUUAAAGGGUUACCAAAGCAAAGGACAUUACCAGAAUGGAAGAGAAUGUGGCAGAAGGUGGGAGGAAGUGUCUACAAGGUGAAUGGAGCCAAAAGUUGCAUGACCCAGAACAAGACAAUUGAAGAAAAGAAGAAAGCUGAAUAAGUGUAAAGAUGAACACUAGUUUGUUAGUAGAGGAAGAAAGAAGAAUGUCCCAAAAACAGCUGAAGGAGGCCUUUAUCAGCAACCUGAACGGAACUAGUUUGCUGGAAAUUUCCGUGGGCUUGUCCCUGCCUCCCCUGUGCCUGCUCUGCAGAGGGCUCCUCCUGAUUCUGUACCACCUGCACUAUGGAAAACCUGUAAGUUCAAGGAAAUACAGCCUGCUGCUGGACUUCCUGGUGCUGGUAUCUCCUCUGCUCUUCUCCUGCACGGUCUUGUCUCCAGUCCUCUUUCUCGUGCCAGUUAUCCUCGCCGCCUUCUGCGCCGGAAUAUUUUCCAAAAUAUGCAGCCAGAGAAAACAGGAGACCAGAGUGCCCUUUGGGCAAAUUGUAAAAGAGUUCCAGCAGACGUACUUGGAUCCCGAAUACAUUCCAGCAAUAACCGUGUUCCGUGUCUAUGUCAACGUGCUGACAACCAUCAGCAUUUUGGCCGUGGACUUCCCGCAGUAUCCCAGGCGAUACGCCAAAGCCGAGACCUACGGCACGGGAGUUAUGGAUCUGGGGGUCGGAGCUUUCAUCUUUGGCAACGCUCUCGUCUGUCCUGAGGUUCGACAGAAGUCUCAUGUGACACAACCCAAGUUUUCCAACCUGGCCAGGCAGCUCUUUUCUGUUUGGCCCUUGGUUUCCCUCGGCGUGGGGCGACUGCUGAGCGUUAAAUCCAUAGAUUACCACGAACACACGUCGGAGUACGGAGUGCACUGGAAUUUCUUCUUUACCUUGGCUUCCGUGAGACUUGCAGCAUCUCUGCUUUUAGCCAUAUUUCCUAAAAAUAAGUCUUGGAUCGUGGCUCUAACUCUGGCUGCACUUUAUCAGCUCAUUCUCAACACUACCUCUCUGAAGACGUUUCUCCUGCACGGGAGCAGCGGCAGGGACAGCAGGGCUGGAUUUCUGGAUGCCAACAGGGAGGGGCUGCUCUCUCUCGUUGGGUAUCUGGCCACUUACCUGGCGAGUGUCCAGGUGGGGCUGUGGCUGCUGCAGUGCAGGAGCUCAGUGAAGGGCUGGCUCGGGGCACUGCGGGUCCUGGCCCUGGCAGUCGUGGUGCUGUUCGUGUCCCUCCACGUGUCCCAGGCGCGCGCGGACCCCGUGUCCCGCCGGAUGGCCAACCUCUCCUUCUGCCUCUGGGUCGUCGCCCACUCCCUGAUGUUAUUUAUCUUCUUUGUAGCCACUGAUCUCACCUUGGUGCUCACAAAGCUGCUGGUGAAGGGCUCCAGCGUGCCCUGCAGCUGGGGCGUUGCGAAGCCCCCUAAUUCCAACAAAAAGCUCGGAACAGCGGCCGCGCCGGUGGGAAGGGAGGACGAGCUGCCACACCCCUGCCUGAUCAGUGCUAUUAACAAAAACCAGCUGCUGUUUUUCUUGCUGGCAAAUGUCAUGACCGGUGCUGUGAAUAUCCUGGUAGAUACAAUCCACAGCAAGGCUGCCUUUGCACUUUGCAUAUUGCACUUGUAUAUGUUUGUUAACUGUUCAAUUAUGUCUAUAUUGCACGCCAAAAAUAUAGUAUUAAAGUUUUGGUGAUUUCCACUCUGA